UAUAUAACAAAUAAUUUGAGGUAAUGUAGAUGAAGAAGGUGUAGCGGAGUUUUGACUAAUGAAAUGUAAUGUUAAUUGCUAUCCUUUUAUGCCUGUUGACAGAAAGCACCGUAGGGGGGAGCAUCGUUGGGGAGCUUUAUAGAGUCCAGCGUUUACAAGGCCAGUGCUCAGCAUGGUGCUAUGAAAAGUAUGGAGUCUGGGCACCUGCCCAACAAACGCUGACCAAGUCCAACACGGAGGAACGUAACAUCUAUCAGUGCAACCCGGAAGUAGAUGAGCGAGGAGAUUAUGUAGAGCCUGAUUGUUGGUACUGUGAUAAAGGUUGUGAGAAAGAGUUCUACAGUCGAGCAGACUGCUAUGCAGGUUGCAAUAACAAGGAAACUUGCAAGUUAGCGUGCCGACACCAUGAGACAAUGUCCAGAACGAAGAUUAACAUAGAAGAGCUGACUGCAAAUCUGUCUCGGAAUGUUCCGCAUGAUAUUUACGAGGAGGCAGACAAGAGGAAUCAUUCUACUAUCUCUGUAUGGUGGAACCAUGUGAGCCUAUUUGAUGAGCGGGAGCCAGUUGUUUACAUGGUCUUCCUACUCAACUAUACUUCUGACAAUCCCGAUGAACAGCCGGAAGGAUUGUACAUUGGUCACACCCCUCACUACAUAUUCCCUGCUGAACCCCUCUCACCGGACUACUGUUACCGUAUCAAGAUAUUAACUGUUGGAAACAGACACGGAGUUCUGGGACAUGCUGUUAGCAGUAGCAAGUUUGCAACAGAUGCUCUGAUCCACGUGACGAACAUUACCACAACGGCUGCUGAUAUUUGGUUUAAGAUGCGACACUGCGAAUCUAAGAUAAUAUACACAAUACGUCUAGUAUGGGGGGACAAUGUAUUUACAGACUUGACAGAAUUUUCUAGUCAAGAGAAUAAUAUCUUCAAAACACGUGCUCCUGAUUUGCAGCCUAACAAGGCAUAUCGAGUUGUGGUUCACAGGCACUUCUCUAAUGGUGAUACUAAAUUCUCCUUCUACGGUGACUUCACGACACUACCAGCAGCCCCAGACACCGCCGUUAUAAUAUUAAACACCAUUGUUACAGACGACGAGAUCAGUUACAGUUACAAGGUAGAAGAUCUGGACAAGCUUUAUGUUUCAGAAAGUGAGAUUCAGAGCUAUAUCCUGAAAAUAAGAGCUGAGGAUGAGGUUGAUUGGGUCGAGAAGCCAAUCUAUAACUCAAUGUCAACCGGUCUUUACAAGGAACCGAACCUUACUCCCUAUGUGAGAUACUGCGUAUCGAUGGCUGUACGCAAUCCGACUGGUGUAGGCCCCUUUUCAGAGGAGCAUUGCAACAGAACUAAAAGUGCCAUCGCCCCUGCACCCGAGCUUCGCGAGGUAUCAACCGCAGCUGAUCACAGCGUCAUUGAAAUAACCCACCCCGACCCACCAAAGGGUCUACUUGUAACCUACAAUGUCACUUUUAUGGAUGACCCUUCAAAUUAUGAGAAGAGGGACUUCGCUGUAGAGGGUGAACUGAAGCAGAAUAUUAAUAUCAGCGACUUGAAUAGCCAUACUACUUAUACUUUUAUCGUGAGCGCGAUAAACUCCGUAGGAAUGGUAGGUUUCCCCCAAGAGAUUAUGGUAACCACUCUUGAGUCUGUCCCAGAAGCUGCUCCGCUCCUUUCAACUUGUGAUCUGACUGCAACUAAUUCCACGCACUUCAAUGCAACUGUUAGCUGGGUUGGUGUCCAUGAGGAUCAUAUAAAUGGUGUUAUUCAGAAUUACACCCUUCACCUUCAGAAAGUGAUCUCGUUCCGUGAUCGUGGUCUUCAAUCAGUGCAAUACAACAAGACUUACUCCUUUAGCUUUGGGCUGAACGAAACCAUAGAAAGCUAUGUUCAGCCCCUGGACACAGACUUUGCACUCGAAUACAAGAAAAACGAGCUAGUCCGUGCCCGACUCUCCAUUUCUACGGAGAUGGGCCAGGGACCAUGGCCUACUCACUUCUUCAACUGCACUGUCGUGAACCCAGGAAAUAUGGGUCCUGGUGCGCUGGAGAUACUGCUUCCUGUUCUAGGAGUCGCCGCUGUCUUCAUCUUCGUCGUCGGUGCUUUCUUCUACUUCUUCAGAUUCAAGACGUACAAGAAGACACCAUACGAAGAAAUAAAAAAAUUGAUUAGACCCGAAACAUUUAGUCCUUGUCAGCAUUGUAUGCACAACAAAGAUCCUAAGAGAUGGGAUGUGUUCAUCUGUCAUGUCAGUGAGGAUGAAAACUACAUCAUUCAGCUGAAGGAAGCGUUUGUCAGGGAAAAGAUAGAUGUGUUCUUUGCUAAGGAUGAACUUAGUUGGGGCUGUGAGCUUCACCGAGUUAUCAACGACGGAUUACGGGAUAGCAAAUAUGGUCUGGUAGUCCUCAGUAAAAGUUUUGUCAACAAGUGCAGCAAAUGGACCUCCUCCGAACUCUCCUCUCUCCAUUCUAAGAGCAGACUCUCUACUCAGGACUGCAUCUUACCCAUCUGGAAAAAAGAUAUAAGCGAGGCGGAAGUGGGUGCGUUUGAUAUGACCCUAGUCGGGAUUAAGGCACUCAAAGAGGAGGACAUGUCAGUGGAUCAGAUGGCAGUGGAGCUGAAAAAGAAGCUCAGAAAUGACGGUUGCUGGGGUUGCUCCAUGAGGAAGCUUAAUAAUCAAUCUAGUGGAGGAUCCACUCCAAAAUCAGAAGACGCCCCGCUGAUGGGACUCCCUCUAAACGCCCCGUCAGACGACGAGGAGGGUACAAGUGUGUAGCAGAAACAUGUCUCACUAGUUGAGACACCUACCUGUCUCGAUUGAGACACGCUCAACAUCCCACCAGAUGCAGAAACACUGGCAGGGACGCAGAUUGAACGGCGAGCUUUCCGCGCGAUGGUGUGUGAUCAAAAAACAAAUUUUAUUCUUUGUAAUAGAUGCUGAAUCGGCUACCGGACAACUGAACCCAAUUUAGACUACCCCUAACUCUAACCCUAACCCUAACCAAUUAAGCUGAUUGGUUAGUAUGAACUAGGUUCAAUUGUGUUCAUUUGUCGGUCACCCGCUGAAUCGGUUGUUAAAAGAGCGAACAUAAAGAAGAUUGUGUCUCUUGUGAUAUAUAUAUAUAUACCACCAAGGCUGAUAUCUGCUCUGAAUUACCUGGUUUAUGACGUCAUUUUGGUCUCCAAAAUGCUUCAAAAUAUUCAUCUUAUCCUCGGGAAUGGUUUAUGUUGAACUCUAUCGAUGACCGAGGAAAAAACUUUAUGGUGUUUUCCAUGAGAGAUCUUGUAUGGAUAUAUUUAUCAUCCCGCUUUUGUGAAAGUCGAUAGGAGUGCCCAAAGGAAGGUCUUCUAUCAUAUUGAUAGGGACUCUUUGAAAACGAUGUAUCUUUCCCGUCCUUUCUGACACAGCUAGUUUUAUUCAGAUCUGAGAUCCCACUUUUAUGUUUACAUGUGUUCGCAGAUCUGGGUAAAAUCGGAUAACUUUAACUGCAAACGAUUUGUUGAUUUAAUUUAACUGUGUCUUUCAAUGGUCACAUAUUCUUAUUUUCGUAAAAUAUAAGAUUUAUAUAACAGGGUGGCUUGUAGAUCCGGAUACUGGUGGGUGAAUCAUAUUUUUUCUGACAUGUGACAUAUAUUGACCAAUCAGCUUCCAGAAUUGACCAUUUAAAACACACUAAUUACUGUCACACGUUAAAACAAAUAUGGUCCACUUUCCCGCCAACAUCUGGACCUAAACUGCAGCGAAAUGAGGCUAUUAAGUUAUUACUAAUUUUCUUUUUAAUUUUGGUUCCGAAAUUUUUUUCGAAAUUACAUUUCCGCUAAAACAUUUCAGACCUAUCUGAGAAAUCCGAAAAUGUCCAUAAAUUCUGCCCCUUUUCGAAGAAUUAUGUACACAAGAGCCGCGUUUUUGCGCCACUCGCAUUCCAGCAAACUGCUAAUAAUGCUGCACGUGGCUACCCCGCAACUUUCUAAAUUUAACUGGUUUCGGUUUGCUGCAUUGCCAUUGCUGAAAGUUGAAACUCAUCCCACUACUUUGGCUGUUUGUGUUAUGAUAUGUAAACGGUUAUUAUCUGUACUCUCUGUAAAACU